GUCGGAAAGUACGACAGCAGCAUGAAGUACUUGCAAGAAUCAAAGCGGAUACGCGAGGAUCAAGGUGAGUUGGAGACUCCAGAGGGUGCCAACCUGCUACGGAGCAUUGGUGUGGUCUGUGCGGAGCAGCAAGACAUCGAUCGGGCGUUGGAAACCUGCAAUGAGGCUCGCUGUAUUCGCGAGAAGACUUGCAGCUUGGAUACGCCCGACGGAGCGCGCCUGCUCAGUAAUAUCGGGUCGCUGAUGGUCCGGAAACACGUGAACUCCAAGGGAAGCGACCCGAGCCAGCUCGAUGAGGCGUUGCAGUGCUAUGAGAAGGCGCGGAAAAUCCGCGAGGAGACCGACACGAUCCGGACGGACGAGGGCGCGCAACUCCUCUACGGAGAGGGAAAUGCUUUCCUUGUUCGAGAUGGGGACAAAGAUCUUGACGCAGCCAUCGACCGCUACGAGGAGGCCAAGAAGAUCCGCGAGGAAAGGAACACGCUCGACACGCCCGAGGCUGCGCGGCUUUUGUCCUCCUUAGCAUCAGCGCUCCUGAAGAGGAAGCAAGUGGACAAGGCCAUUGACAACUUCAAUCAGGCACGUCGUGCCCUCGAGUUGACCGGAACACUGAACACCUCCGACGGGGCGAAGGUGCUCCAACAACUUGGCCAAGCUUUGCUGGAUUCCGGCGAGCCCGAAAAAGCCAAAGAGGUCCUCGAGCAAGGGAUUGACCUUCACCCAAAGGGCACUCAAGCGGGGCAGAACUUGCUCGCGAUGAUGAAGAACGCCAAGGCGAGCGCACGCAAAGCCAAGGGAGACGUCACUCGCAAG